UGCUCUCUCUGCCAUCUAUAUAAAUACAAGUAUCAUAGUUAGGGUUUCAAUCAGAAACUGAACUACAAAAUCAGAUUGGUGCAGAAUGAAGAAAGGGAUUCACCCUCAGAUGCAGUGGAUAUCGUAUGUGACGCAGAGCGGGAGAUUGAUGCAUAUUAUGAUGACUAAAAUUCAUAAUGUUGGUAAAGUUUACCACUUUAGAGCUAGACGGCAGAUGGCUGAAAGUUUGGGACAAGUUGCCAAGUUCAAGCGGCGGUAUGGACAGGAAGAUGUUGAUGAAAGUACCUCAAAGUGAGCUGCGGAAGAGCUUCACAUUGGUGCUUAGUUUUCUUAUGCAAAAUCAUUAGUCCAGUGGAUUUGUAAAUUUUGAUUUGUGUUUAGUUGUCAUUUGUGCAAUUUCAUUCUUGUGUAAAUAGUAAAUGACUUAACAUUGUAAUGCAUUUGAUUUAGUUCUGAGUUUGUAUCCAAGCUGAUUGGUGUCUGCAUUUCAACUAGGAUGUUAUUCCAAUCAAAUCUCCAUUUUGUUAAACAAUUAAGAACCGUGUUUGAUUC